GGAAUCUCGGGAAAGGAUUGGGUCCUGGGAGCCAGGAGACGAAAGCCUUUAAAGUGGAGAGAUCUCCGGAUACUUCAAGUAAGAGAGGCAGCCAGGGUAGAGGACGGCGAGGGCCCUGAUGUGCGUCAGCAUGGACCUGGACCAGGACGACUUCGGGAGCACGGCAGAGUGGGGCGACCAGCAGGAGGAGGGGUAUGCACAGGGAGAAGAGGACGCCCAGGUCCAGCAAGAAUGCCUGCAGAAAUUUUCUACCAGGGAUUAUAUCAUGGAACCCUCCAUCUUUAACACUCUGAUGAGGUAUUUUCAGGCAGGAGGGUCUCCGGAGGAGGUGAUCCGGCUCUUAUCAGACAACUACACAGCUGUGGCCCAGACCGUCAACCUGCUGGCCCAGUGGCUCAUUCAGACAGGGGUUGAACCAGUGCAGGUUCAGCAAACUGUGGAAAAUCACUUGAAGACUUUAUUGAUGCAACAGUUCGACCCCCGCAAAGCAGAUUCUAUCUUUACUGAAGAAGGAGAGACCCCCGCUUGGCUUGAACAAAUGAUUGCACAUCCCACGUGGAGAGAUCUUGUUUACCAACUGACUGAAGCGCACCCAGACUGUUUGAUGCUGAACUUCACGGUCAAGCUGAUUUCCGAUGCAGGAUACCACGGGGAGAUCACCGGCGUGGCGGCAGCCUGCCAGCAGUUGGAAGUGUUUUCUAAAGUUCUCUGUACCUCUCUGGCUACGCUUUUGGAUGGAGAAGACAACCUCGCUGAAAAUCUCCCUCAGUUUGCUAAGAUGGUGUGCCACGGGGAGCACACGUACCUGGUGGCCCAGGUCCUGAUGUCCGUGCUGGCCCAGGAAGGGCAGGGGGGCUGGGCCGUGCGCAGGAUUGCACAGGAGGUGCAGCGCUUCGCCCAGGAGAGGGGCCGCGAUGCCAGUCGGAUCUCUCUUGCACUGGGCACAGCUGCCUCCUACCCCCAGCUGUGUCAGGCCCUUGGGGCGAUGUUGUCCAAGGGGGCCCUGAAUCCGGCCGACAUCACUGUCCUCUUCAACCUGUUUACCAGCGUGGACCCGCCCCCUGUUGAACUCAUCCGGGUGCCGGCCUUCCUGGGCCUCUUCAUGGACUCACUCUUUAAACCAGGGGCCAGGAUCAACCCGGACCACAAGCACAAGUACAUCCAUAUUUUGGCAUAUGCGGUGAGCGUGGUGGAGACCUGGAAGAAGGACAGGCGUGUGAGCGUCAAUCAAGACGAGCUGAAGUCAACGGCCAAAGCUGUUGAAACUGUUCACAGUUUGUGUUGCGCUGAGAACAAAGGGGCUUCUGAACUCGUGGCCGAGCUGAGCGCCCUCUAUAAGUGUAUCAGGUUUCCAGUGGUGGCAAUGGGUGUGCUGAAGUGGGUGGAUUGGAGCGUAUCAGAGCCGAAGUACUUCCAGCUGCAGACCCGCUGCACCCCCGUGCACCUGGCGCUGCUGGACCAGAUCAGCACCUGCCACCAGCUCCUGCACCCCCAGGUCCUGCAGCUGCUGGUGAAGCUCUUGGAGACGCAGCACUCCCAGCUGGACGCGAUGGAGCAGCUCGAGUUGAAGAAGACUCUCCUGGACAGAAUGGUGCACCUGCUGAGCCAAGGCUACGUACUCCCUGUGGUCACUUACAUCCGCACGUGUCUGGAGAAGGGGGACACCGACAUUUCCCUCAUUCGCUACUUUGUGACCGAGGUGCUGGAUGUGAUCGCACCUCCCUACACCUCUGACUUUGUGCAGCUUUUCCUCCCCAUCCUGGAAAACAACAGCAUCGCUGGCACCAUUAAAACGGAAGGUGAACAGCACCCUGUGACGGAGUUUAUAGCUCACUGCCAGUCUAACUUCAUGCUGGUGGACUGAUUCAGAGCACCCUCCAGAGCUGGAGCAGAACAUUCCAGGAGACCCGUUGCGGAAAAACCCUUUCCAGAAGCUAUUGAUGAAGAGGCCCCGUC